UCAAGUUGGAUCUACUUAAUAUUUUGAUCUAUCAAACCAAAUUUUCAGAUAGAUUUCUGUCUAGGGUUUGGGAAGAAACGAUGAUAUUACUACAUUUUAGAAUACUAUGGUAAAUCAAUAAUGGCUUGAUGCUUAAUGAAAAGUCGGAAACUUUGUGAUUCUUCUUGAUUGUUGAGUUUCUCUUGAAUCGUUACAUGAAUGCAAAGUGUUUGUUUAAAUGUCUGAAAGAAAACUUCAAGCUGAUCAUUUUGGUAGAAUUAGUUAGCUUGUUUCUGUAGACUGCAUAAUCUUUAGUCAAAAUCACAGUUUCAGGCUGAAGAAAAUGUUCAUCAAAGUCAAAUUGCCAUGGGAUGUUACAAUUCCAGCUGAAGAUAUGGACACUGGCCUUAUGCUCCAGAGAGCUAUUGUCAUUCGCCUACUCGAAGCCUUUGGUACCAAGAAAGCAACAAAAGAUCUUGGAUACUUGAUAACACCCACAAUUCUUGAGAACAUCGGUGAGGGUAAGAUCAAGGAACAGACAGGCGAAAUUCAAUUUCCCGUAGUUUUCAACGGAAUCUGUUUCAAGAUGUUUAAAGGAGAGGUUGUUCAUGGUGUGGUGCAAAAGGUGCACAAGAGCGGAGUCUUUUUGAGAUCUGGCCCUUAUGAAAUCAUUUACCUAUCACACGUGAAAAUGCCCGGUUACGAGUUCAUUCCAGGAGAGAAACCGAUUUUUAUGAAUCAGAACAUGUCCCGGAUUCAAAUCGGCGCCAGAGUUCGUUUCAUCGUGUUAGAUACCGAGUGGAGAGAGGCAGAGAAAGACUUCAUGGCUUUGGCCAGCAUCGACGGAGACAAUCUUGGCCCGUUCUAAAAAGAUUCUAAUCUGAAUUUUCACUCUAUAUAUAUGCUAUGUAAAAACGCCUUUGAAUGAAAAUCUUUAUUCAAAUU